CCUCGCUUCCCGGGACCCGCUCCCAAAGGAGCCCCCCCGGGACCCGCUUGCCAAGGGGGGCUCGCACCCCAAAGGCGCCCCCGCUGUCCCGGCGAGCAAACACCAAAGGAAGAGGCUUCUCGUCCUCCGCUUCUGCUCUCAGUUGGGGUUUGAUUUGCAUCAUCUCCCGAGCCCAUUAGGAAAAAUAAAUAAAUAAAUAAAUUAAAGAAGAAAAAAAAAAAAAGGAGAGAGAAAAGGCAAACCAAACCCACACAAAACAUGUUGUGCGGAAGGACUUCCACUCCCUGGCUGUGCUGUUAAGGAUCAGGAAGAGCCUUUGGGGGCUGCAGGAUCUCACUAGGCUGAUGCUGCUGCUCAAGGAUUUGGUGCAGGGAGACAAAACUGCUGCCUCUUCCAUCCGCUGAUCUCAACAUCUGCAUUUUCCUGCUGCUGUGCUCCCUCUCACACCCUCUCUCCAUGGACUGAUUUUUUUGAUUUUUUUUUCCCCCCCUUUUUUUUUUUUUUUUUUUGGGUGGGGAGGGGGGAAGGACGAGCAGAAAAUCGAGGCGUCUCGUGGAGAGGAGUGAAAUUGCCCUUUAUAUCUCGCGUUCUUGGGGGGGAUCUCUUUUGGAGGUGAAGCUUUUUUGGAAAAGAAAACAUGACGUCGCCAGCAAAAUUCAAAAAGGAUAAGGAGAUCAUAGCCGAGUAUGACACUCAAGUUAAAGAGAUCCGUGCCCAAUUGGUAGAGCAGCUGAAAUGCCUUGACCAACAGUGUGAGCUUCGGGUCCAGCUACUGCAGGACUUGCAGGAUUUCUUCCGCAAGAAGGCAGAGAUUGAGAUGGAUUACUCAAGGAAUUUGGAGAAGUUGGCUGAGAGAUUCCUGGCUAAAACUAGGAGCACCAAAGACCAGCAAUUCAAGAAGGAUCAGAACGUGCUGUCGCCAGUGAACUGCUGGAACCUGCUGCUCAAUCAGGUGAAGAGGGAGAGCAGGGACCACACCACCCUCAGUGACAUCUAUCUCAACAACAUCAUCCCCCGCUUUGUGCAGGUCAGCGAGGACUCAGGACGCCUCUUCAAGAAGAGCAAGGAAGUGGGAUUGCAGCUCCAGGAAGACUUGAUGAAGGUCUUGAAUGAACUCUACACGGUGAUGAAAACCUACCACAUGUACAACGCCGACAGCAUCAGCGCUCAGAGCAAGCUGAAGGAGGCCGAGAAGCAGGAGGAGAAGCAGAUUGGGAAGUCUGUGAAACAGGAGGACAAGCAGACACCCCGCUCCCCCGACUCGACCUCCAACGUCAAGUUCGAGGAGAAACACGUCCGGCGAAGCUCCGUCAAGAAAAUCGAGAAAAUGAAGGAGAAGCGCCAAGCAAAGUACACAGAAAACAGGCUGAAGGCCAUUAAGGCAAGGAAUGAGUAUCUGCUGGCCCUGGAAGCCACCAAUGCCUCGGUGUUCAAGUAUUACAUCCAUGACCUGUCUGAUCUCAUUGAUCAGUGCUGUGACCUGGGGUACCACGCCAGCCUCAACAGAGCCCUGAGGACGUUCCUGUCGGCCGAGCUGAACCUGGAGCAGUCGAAGCACGAGGGGCUGGACGCCAUCGAGAACGCCGUGGAGAACCUGGACGCCAACAGCGACAAGCAGAGGCUGAUGGAGAUGUACAACAACGUCUUCUGCCCCCCCAUGAAGUUCGAGUUCCAGCCACACAUGGGUGACAUGGAGUCCCAGCUGUGUGCCCAGCAGCCAGUCCAGAGUGAGUUGGUGCAGAGGUGUCAGCAGUUGCAGUCCAGGUUAUCUACGCUGAAGAUUGAAAAUGAAGAGGUUAAGAAGACCAUGGAAGCCACUCUCCAGACAAUCCAGGACAUUGUCACCAUAGAGGACUUUGAUGUCUCGGACUGUUUCCAGUACAGCAAUUCCAUGGAGUCUGUGAAAUCCACUGUCUCAGAAACCUUCAUGAGCAAACCCAGCAUUGCCAAGAGAAGGGCGAACCAGCAGGAGACAGAGCAGUUCUACUUCACUAAAAUGAAGGAGUACCUGGAAGGCAGGAACCUGAUAACGAAGCUCCAAGCCAAGCACGACCUCCUCCAGAAGACCCUGGGAGAAAGUCAGCGGACUGACUGCGCCCUAGCCAGUGGCAGGCGCAGCUCCACCGUGAGGAAGCAGGAUUCCUCCCAAGCCAUUCCCCUGGUCGUGGAGAGCUGCAUCCGAUUCAUCAGCAGGCACGGUUUGCAGCAUGAAGGAAUAUUCCGGGUGUCUGGGUCACAAGUUGAAGUGAACGACAUAAAAAACGCAUUUGAGAGAGGGGAAGAUCCCUUGGCUGGGGACCAGAAUGACCACGACAUGGAUUCAAUAGCAGGAGUCCUGAAGCUCUAUUUUCGAGGGCUGGAGCACCCACUCUUCCCCAAGGAUAUCUUUCAUGAUCUGAUUGCCUGUGUCACAAUGGAUAAUUUACAGGAGAGAGCUCUGCACGUCCGGAAGGUGCUGCUGAACCUGCCGAAGACCACCCUGAUUGUGAUGAGAUACCUCUUUGCAUUCCUCAAUCAUUUAUCUCAGUUCAGUGAAGAAAACAUGAUGGAUCCCUACAAUUUAGCCAUUUGCUUUGGGCCAACGCUGAUGUCAGUGCCUGAAGGCCACGACCAGGUCUCUUGCCAGGCUCAUGUCAAUGAAUUGAUCAAAACCAUCAUCAUCCAACAUGAGAACAUCUUCCCAGGCCCAAGGGAGCUGGAGGGUCCAGUCUAUAGCAGAGGUGGAAGCACAGAGGAUUACUGUGAGAGUCCCCAUGGAGAGAGAGCCUCCACAGAAGACUCGGUGCAGGACGUCACGGCCGAGCACCACACCAGUGAUGAUGAGUGUGAGCCCAUAGAAGCAAUAGCAAAGUUUGACUACCUUGGCAGGACAGCACGAGAGCUGUCAUUCAAAAAAGGAGCCUCCCUCCUGCUCUACCAGCGGGCCUCGGACGACUGGUGGGAGGGACGGCACAACGGGAUCGACGGCCUCAUCCCCCACCAGUACAUCGUCGUCCAGGACACUGAGGAUGGAAUCUCAGAAAGGUCCAGCCCGAAGUCUGAAAUAGAAAUAAACUCUGAGCCACCAGAAGAAAAAGUGACAGCCAGAGCUGGUGCCAGCUGCCCGAGCGGGGGGCACGUCGCAGAUAUUUACCUUGCAAACAUCAACAAGCAAAGAAAGAAACCAGAGUCAGGCAGCAUCAGAAGAGCCUUCCGUCAAAGUGACAGCCAUGGACUAGGUAGUUCACUGGCAGAACCAGCCUCCCCCGGAGCCAUAGCCGGUUCCAGACCCUCAUCUCAGCCCAUUAUGAGCCAAAGUCUUCCCAAGGAGGUGCCAGAUAAAUGCUCCAUCAGUGGCCACGGCAGCCUCAAUUCCAUCAGCCGACACUCGUCGCUGAAGAACAGGAUCGACAGCCCCCAGAUCCGGAAAACUGUCACAGCAGGGAGGUCCAAGAGCUUCAACAACCACCGGCCCAUGGACCCCGAGGUCAUUGCACAGGACAUUGAAGCCACAAUGAACUCUGCUCUGAACGAGCUGCGGGAGCUGGAGAGGCAGAGCAGCGUCAAGCACACGCCGGACGUUGUCCUGGACACCCUGGAGCCCUUGAAAACGUCCCCCGUGGUGGCCCCCACCUCGGAACCCUCCAGCCCUCUGCACACCCAGCUCCUCAAGGACUCUGAGCCGCCCUUCCAGCGCAGUGCCAGCACGGCCGGGGACAUUCCGUGCACCUUCCGGCCCGUCAAGUCCGUCAAAAUGGCCACGCAGGUCAAACCUCCGGCCACCCGCCCAAAACCCGCCGUUUUCCCCAAAACCAACGCCACGAGCCCCGGCGUGGCCUCCUCCGCGUCCCAGCAGCCCCCUGACAAGUCCUGUACUGUGUGAUGAACUCGGUGCUGCUCCACGGAGACGGCUCUUAACGCUUCGGAUGGAGAGACUCUGUUAAAAAGACGUUAAAAUUCCUAUUUAAGUGAUUUUUUUUUUUUCUGAACUGAAGGUUUAGUUGUGAAACUGCCGCUCGCUCUUCCCGGGAGCGAACUGAGCGGUGACAACCUCGUCCCACGUCCCCACAUCGCUGAUGUGUGUGGGGCAAAGCGGUUCCUGCCACGCUCGGGGAAAUCCGGAGUCGGGUCACUGUGAAGCUGAGCAGGAAAACACACACAGGAGGGAUGAGUUGGAUCUUGGUUUCUGGUUGAUGCCUCGUCCAAGUGUUUGGCCACUGAAAGAAACACUCGGUGGCAUCCUGUUUUUGGAUACUGGUGUAGUGACUUAUAAUAUUCUGUGUUUCAUUUAUCACAGGGAAACAAUAGGAUAGAUUUUAGUCUCUUGCAUGUUUUGGUGCCACUGGUUACGUGGAGCUUGGACAUGCCUGUUUCUUGUGCAUUAUUAUUAUUAUUAUUAUUCUGUCGCCCACCGGUGCCACGGUGGUUUAAGGGUCUGUCUCGACUUCCAUCACAUCCUCUGGUUUUGUUUGUUUGCUCCCCCUUCCUUCCCCCUCCCCGGGGCCAAAGCCCUUGGCCAUCCAGCCUCAUGCUUUAGUUGACACUUGUCAUGAAAAAAUAGUUUACUCUGGAACACUCUUAGAUUUUUGUGGAGUUCUACGUAAUGUGUGUCUGUGCAAAUAUAAACAAACGUGCUCCUGAGGUUUAGGAGCAUAACAAAGAGCCCAGUUGUUGCUUAUGGACAAUCGAGCUGGUUUUCCCCCCUUUGCCCUCCCGUAUUUAAAAACAGCUUUAUUGUUUCAGCGUGACUUCCAGCCCCUGGGCUCUGAUGUGGUGUGUGCUCUCGGGAGACUGAAUGUAAAAAACAAGUUCAUUUGGAAAACUCAAAGCGUCCCCUGAUGGGAGCCCACUUCCAAACGCACACAUCCUCGGUCUGAUCACACAUCAGGAUGGAUCCUCACCAAAAUCCCAGUGACAAGCACUGUAAAAAAACCCCAAAACUUCGAUCCGAAGUUCUCAAGCUUCCUACCUUCUCCCUCUUUCUGGUUGCAAACGCUUCGGUCGGUGGCCCGGACCGCUGUGACUCGAUUUAGGGAUCUCUGCUCUUAUAGAGCAGGGCAGGAAACGCCGCUGGGGACAGUGAUGUGACAGCACACGUGGCUCCUGGAGUGGCUUCCCCGCGUGUCCCUUGGCGUGGCUCCUCCCUAGGACUCGGACAUGUGAAUGGAUUCGUAGUAUUUGUAUUUAUCUGUAGGCAGCAAACGCUCCAGCUGCCCGCAGGCUGCAAGGACUCUUUUGUACUCCUCUGGGAAUUCUCCACAACGCUCACGGUUAUUUAAUUUAAUAAUAAUAAUAAUUAAAAAAAACAAAAACAAACAAAAAACCCCAACAAAGGCAUGUGCCACUUGCAGCGCUAAGGAAGAUUCACAGUCCUGGCUGACCCUGGUUCUCCUUGUUCCUAAACUUUUCUGGGAUGUUAAAACAAGCUGCACAUCUUAUGUGUUCAUCAGAUAAAUUCAGGCAAGGGCGAGAUAAGAAAAGUCAUUUUUCUCGCCCAUUUAGCUGAGUUUCUUUCCAGUUUGUGGGUUCCUCGUGACUGCGAUGUCGGUUUAAUUGGCACUUAGUAAUUAAAAAAGAAGACACAAAACGUGCUUUUCUAAGAAGGGUUGCUGAAAUGUUUUUUUUCUCGUUAAUUUAGGAUGUUACUUGGAAAAUUGAAGCAGGGUUUUCCUGUGUCCCUGCCCGUCCCCACACGCACACCCCCCCCCUCUCUGCAGGAGCAAUCAAUCCAUAUUAAUGAUGGCUUUUCAAAACACCAACUUCCUCUGUGCCCUAAAUUAAGAAAAUUGUGGAACACUGGAAAGAUUUCAGUGAGAACACUCUUUGUUACCCAUUUCUCCUCAGCUUUCCCUGGGGAAGGCCCAUGGUACGUGUGUGACUGUCACUGGACCUCACGGAAGAUCCCAACGGCGCGACCGGCGACCUUUGCUCUCAGGUUCUGAUGGACUUCUACCACCAAGGAAUCACUUGUUCUUUUGGGGAAAAAUAGAAUUAAUUAGACUUGUAAUUUUUUGCUCAGGCAGAACUUGCUGGCAUUUCCUUUUAAGUAGGAAUUUUUUUGGUUUUGUUUUCUUUUUUUGGUCGUAAACGACCAAAGUUAAUCUGUGUCAGGAGCAGGAUCUCUGUAAAUCGACUUCAACUCAUUUGUAAUGCCUUAUUUUCUUUCUAUUUUUAUGCCUAGCGUUCAUGUUUCUAAGAAUAAGUGUCCAGCCACGCACAGCACAUUGGAGGAGAUGCUCUUUUCUAUCUUCCAGGUCUGAAGUGUGAAAUUAGGAGAUUUAAAUGACAACAACAAAAAAAAAAAGACUUCAGGUUACUGUAACAGCAACUGUCUGUAUCUGAAUUACUGUGCUUCUCUAGCAUCCACAGCUCUGGGACAAUCCUGCUGCCAAGGGGAAUGUGCUUGGCAGGAUAACCUGUAUAUGGAGCAACUCAACUGGAAUUCUGGUGUGCACUGUGAUUGACACUUAACAUUUACAGCAAGCAAUAUGACAGGCUGAAGGUCAUCCUUCCUCUCCCUCGUGCUCCGGGUCUACCCGGCCGGCAAAAAACUCACACGCGGGGGAAUUGAACAACAAAAUCACAACCAAGGAAAGGAGGAUUUCACCUUGCCUGCUUCACUCUGUGAACACACAAGGCCAAGAGAAGGUUUGCCACAAGGGUUUAAUGCCCAGUUGCUGCUGGAGAGGUGGGAAGGAGGGACUGGGAAAGUCGGCGCCGCUCCCCACGGAAGAAGAGACCGGCGUAGGGUGGGCAAGGACGACGCAGUGGUUUGCUUGGGGAGGUGCCAACAUCUCUUCAUAUCUUCAUAUUCCGAAGAAAUAUUAGCUCUUCCGUAGGAAUUCUCUUUUCCAUGACUUUUUUAUGUAAUGUUCGUGUCAAAUAUAAAGACAAGAAGUGUUGGAUAACUGGAAUAACGUCUGUCUGUUCGAUAGUGCUCGGGAUGAACAACGGGGACCUUGUUCAUCGGGUGUUGGAUUGAAAUAAUCCAAAGCAAAAACUUUUGAAGUAAAACACAGUUUUAGGUGAUCUGAAUAGUUUCUGAAGCUCGAACCUUUUCUGGCUUAUUUCCCUAGUUGGGAAUGGAGCAGUGUGCUUUAACCAGUGCUAAAUUUCUGCCUCUCAAGGGCAUCCAAAGGCUUGCAGUUGAUAAAUUGUAAAUUUGUCCUUCUUGUCAAAGCAGUGGGACACAAUCAAACUCUCUCACUUUAUCUGUACUGGAUAUUCUAUUGCAAUGAAAAUGAGUAAAUAAUUAGAGUGCACUGUGACAGCAGAAAAAAAAAAUCGUUGUAUAUGUCUGUAUUUUGAUACCUGUUCGAAAGGAGUCUUUGGGUUUCCUGUGCUGAAUACCUCAUGUGUUGGGUUUGGGAGUUUUUUUGUUGAUUUUUUUUUUUUUUAAAAAUGAUUUUUCUUUUUUUUUUUUUUUUUUUUAAGGCAAGAUUGUUCUUGCACAAAAGUAGGUUAAGAUAACCGAGUUCUCAUAAAUUUAUUUACCGAAUCGAAACGCUUCAGUUUGGCAAGAAAUUCCAUCUGUUGUAGUUCCCCCACCUUGCACUUGGUACAAGGGGUGACCCGGCGCACUUGGAAGAGCUCCAGCAAUACUGGGACGAGAGAAGUUCAUUGCAGAUGGAGUUUGCUGCCUUAUUUCUCUUCUUCUGUGUGUCAAAAACCUCAAAUUCAGUUGAACCUUGUAUAGAUUUGGGGAUUUAUUGGGCUUUUGAGAGAUGUUCUUCUGCAGAAAUCGAUGUCUCUAGUUAUUAGCACUUCAGAUCCUUUCCAGACCUGUGGACCAGGUAGGGUGGAAAUGCUCCAUUGCUGGUGGAAUCCACGCUGAGGGAACACUUGAAAUGAGAUGGUGGUCUCAGUGGGGUGUAGUUUGUUACUAAGGCAACAAUAAUGAGGGGAAAAUCCCUAAAAAUCCCCAUUUGAGACAGUUGGAAUCAGUAAGAGGCUCUGGCCCCAGUCCUACACAUCCACGAGGACAGGUGGGAGUUGAAGGAUGUGCCCCUGUCCCUUGGAGUGUGGCACUGGUUUGGUGGCUAGGGGAGGGGAUACCUGUGCCUGGCAGGAUCAAGCCCUGACUGUGCAGGGAUGUGCUCCUAAGCAUAAAUAUUUACUUGCUGACCUGUGAACCACAAGCGAGGAAAACUGCUUUCAAAAACAAAGAAACACAGGAGCACUGGGGCAUUUCCCUCACUUUAGGAGCCUGUCUUGGGCCGAAAACGAGUUUAAGAAGAUGGGGAUUUAUUUAUUUUGAGAUUUUUAGCUUUCACAAAAAUAACAGGCCCUGUUGUGGGUUUAUCUGGCCUUGGCUAACGCCCCUCAAAUGCAGUUGGAGACAUAAAGCUAUUUCUUUAGUGGCCUGGUAGAAGAAAAGGAUGUUCUCUCUCUCAUGGGGAACGUUGUUUGUUCCCCACAGGGAUGUUCCCAGCACCAGCUCUGGGAAAACACCGAGCACUUCAUGGACUGAACUUUGGGGUCUGAGCUCUUUCCAGAUCAGCUCUCUGCGUGUCUCUGUGUCCGUGUGACAACCUGGUACUUGAAAAAAAAAAAUGAAAAUACAAAUACUUGACCCUCUGCCUUGUGCCUGUGGGGCCGGGAUGGCCCCGGCUGUGUCACGCACAAGCGGUUCCAGGCUCUGCCGCCGCCGCCUGAAGGCAGAUGGAUUCUUUUCCAGGCUCGGUUCUAGGAACAAACCAUCUAUUUUGGUGGCUCUCGAGAUGCCAAAACAGCAGUUCAAGGCCUGGAAAAUGUCAGGUUUGGUUGGUUGGUUUGGUUUUGGUUUUUUUUUUCCUGUUCUAUUUUGUGCUUCCUAUGACGUAGUUUGGGACAAAAGCGUUGCUUUUCAACGAUGGGCCAAAAAGAGGCAAAGGUGGAGAGGGAGGGCAGCUCCCUGCUGUACUAAUACUUGAUCUACCAAGCUUCAUACAGGGUAAAUAUUUAGCAGUUUGCAGUGGAAAUUGCAGAUGGACCCGUCCUUUUCAAGGCACUGUAGUAACCUUACUCCUGAGGUGGACUUCACCAGCCUUUUCUCCAGGCAGAGCCCUGAGAUGUGAAUAAGCCAAGUCCAAAGGACUGGACUCGUGAGUGUGCCAAACUGCUGGAGCAAUACUUGUGAGCAGCAGGUUCUUCAAAAAGACCAGCUCUAUGUAGCCAAAGCGGGGGCAGUUGCUGAAAACCAUCUCUGAUUUUAAGGGAUCGCAGUGAUGUGGUUCUGCUGUAACGUUGGGAAAGUGGGGUUGCAAAGUCUAGAAAUGUGUGUUUUCUGUCUGAACCUCGGUCCUGUGGUGGCUCGUACGGUGCGUUGGGUUUGGGGUUGUCGACAGCAGUUGUUUAAUGGUGGGAUGGAAUGUUCUUGCUAAAACAGUUUCCAUUGUUUCAUGUCUUCUACACCAAUAUAUAUACGGUGUAUAUAUUAAACUGUGUAAAAUUGUACUUUGUAUAUAGAACUCUGUACAAUAUGGAGGUACAGCCUUCUUUUUUUUUUCCCCCCCCCCCCUCCCCCUUUUGGUACAGUAUUGUACAGUAUUAGGAGUCGAUGUGUUGGAAAUGUUCAGUCCAUACUGGGGCAACAAAAUGUAUCCAUUGUCAUUAGCAAUAGUUUUGGAGAAAUAAAUGUUUUGGGUAUGGUGGAAACACUGA